AUGGAUCCUUUGAAAGUUAAAAUACCGUUCCACGAGCAUCCACUAAGGCCUGUGAAAAUGGAGUCCGAGUGUGAUUGGUGCGGACUCACAUUCAAAGGUGUAACUGAUGGCUACCAAUGCAGCUCAUGUAUUUAUGGUUUAUUCCACAAGACAUGCGCCAACAAUGCCAACAAUAUCGCCCACCCUUCUCAAACGUGUGGUAACAUUCUUUAUCACACAUUCAAUUUCGAAACGGGGAAAAGGAGAUGUGCAGGAUGUAAAGAGAAGAUCUACGAUGGCUACAUUUAUAUAUGUAACGACUGUGUUUUAGUACCUACAAGAAGAGGAAGGUUUGGUUCUUCAUAUUUCCAUUUCAACUGUGCCAAGUAUCCACCGUGGGAGGUCAUUGAUGUUCCUCAGCACCAUGAACAUAAACUCAAGCUAGAGAUGGUGGAAAGCUGCUUUACUUGUGGUACUUGUGGAAAAGAUGGUGAUGGAUAUUCGUACAAAUGUCACGAAUGCAAUUUGACGUUUCAUGUAAAUUGCGAAAAGUAUGCGGCAGAGGUAACACAUCCUUCCCACUCCUUACACGCUCUAAAACUCUUCAAGGGUGAACCACCUACUUAUACUGAUGGAAAAUGUCGUUUGUGUGAAGAAAAGCUUACUAAUUCUGAAGUCUUUUAUCAUUGUUCUACUUGUAACUUUAGCUUAGACCUUCAAUGUGUAUUUCAUCCACCAGCACAAUAUCUUCACGACGUAAACAUCCAUGACCAUCAACUCACCCUUAUGCCAAAAUCCAUAUCUUUUACUUGUACCACUUGCGGUCUAAAUGGAGACCGGAGCCCAUAUGUGUGUCUUCCAUGCGAUUUCACUAUCCACAAUGAUUGCUCUGGAUUUCCAUGGGUCAUAAACAUUAAUCGCCAUGAUCAUCGCGUUUCUCGCACUUCUCUUAUUGGUGUGGUGAAUGCGGUAUGUGGAAUUUGCCGCAAGAAAAUGGAUUGGAGUUGUGGUGGUUUUUCUUGUAAGAGGUGUCCGAGCUAUGUGUUUCAUACCAAAUGUGCUACUAGAGACGAUGUAUGGGACGGCACAGAAAUGAAAGACGAACCAGAAGAAGAGGAAGAUGUUCCACCAUUCAAAAUAAUCGAUGAAAACACCAUACAACAUGUUAGCCACAAAGACCAUAACCUAGGACUUGACAAGUCUGGUAUCUUUGUUGAGGAAAGGAUUUGUGAGGCAUGUCUUUAUCCUAUUUAUCAUGAUUCCUUCUACAGCUGCAUGAGUUGUAGUUUCAUUCUCCAUGAGAGUUGCGCAUAUCUACCUCUAUGGAAACGACAUGUGGUAAGCACUGACCAGCAUAAAUAUAAAUACUGGAGUUAUUUCAUUAGAUGUACUGCUUGUGGGUUGCUUUCCAAUGGUUUUAGAUACGAAAAUGAAAGAUCAUUAGACGUGCGAUGUGCUUCAGUUACUGAGCCAUUUGUUCAUAAAAGCCAUCCUCAUCCAUUAUUUUAUACAUCGCCACGAGGACUUUGCAGCGUUUGCAAGAAAGAAGGACAUCAUGUGCUCAGAUGCGUUGAAGAUGAUUGUGAAUACGUCAUGGACUACAAGUGCGCUCUAUUACCAUAUGAGGUAAAGCAUAAUGUCGACCGAAACUUUCUCACUUUAUGCUAUGGUGAAGAUGAUGCAAGUGGUAUAUAUUGGUGUGAUAUUUGUGAGAAAGAAACAGAUCCAAGAAGAUGGUUUUACACCUCUAAAGAUUGUGAGCUUACUUUGCAUACGGAUUGUGUGCUUGGUGAUUUCCGAGGUCUUAAGCCAGGAAGUAAAGAAUCAACCUACGUCCACGACGUUAGUAAAUACUUUGAGGUGGUUCGCAAUAACAAUAUCUCUCGACCACUUUGCAAACAAUGCAAGUCUCGUUGCAUAUUCCCAGUUUUCUUGAAAACUUGGAAUGAAAGUUCCCUUUGUUACGAAAACUAUUGUUGUGAAUCUUGUUUCUUUUCCUAA